AGCACCGGCCAGACGUACCCGAGCGCCGCCAUGACGCUCGGACUCACACCGGCUCUACUCCUGGCGGCAAUCUUCCUAUGCCGAAGUAUCCUUGGCCUAAACUACGCUCCCGACUUACCAGAAGACGCGAGACUCAAUUUCACAGGACUAGCCACCAAAUACGGUCUACCCUGCGAGGAACAUGACGUUACGACCGAAGACGGAUACAUCCUCAAGCUCUUCCACAUUCCCGGGGACAAAACACGCCCUGUACUCCUCAUGCACGGAAUCAUCGACUCCGCUGACACAUUCAUGAUUAGAGGAAAUACGUCCAUGGUGAUGGCCCUCAGUACAGCCGGCUACGACGUGUGGGUCGGCAACAAGAGAGGGAACAGGUACUCCAGAAAGCAUCGGACUCUUGAUCCCGACAUCGAUAAACAAUUUUGGGACUUCAGUUUUCAUGAGAUCGCCCUGUACGACUUGCCGGCGACCAUCGACCACAUCCUAAACAACACGGGCCAGCCUAGCCUCAGCGCCAUCGGACAUUCGCAAGGAAAUACAAUUUUCUAUGUGCUGGGCUCCAUGAGGCCCGAAUACAACGACAAGAUCAAAAUACUCAUCGCAUUAGCACCCGUUUGUUAUUUGCACCACCUACAGCCACCGUCAAGACACGUCGUGGAAGCGUGGCCUUUCGUGGACGAACUGUUGUCGUUAGCGGGAACAGAAGAAGUUUUUGGGGAGCAAACACUGGAGAUACAUAUUUUAAAGACUGUGUGCACCCAAAAAGGUAGUUACGAAAUAUGCGCCAAACGUUUUCUGCUAGCAUUGGCCGGUAUGGACCCCGAGGAGUUGGAGCCGGAGUUCCUUCCAGUAGUGAUGUCCCAUUACCCGUCGGGGACGUCAAGGAAAGGCGGGACUCAUUUGCUGCAGCAGGGUUUGAAGAAAAGCUUCGCGCAGAUGGAUUAUGGUGUUGAGAAGAAUUUGGUUGUUUAUAAUUCUGUGAGUCCGCCUAGUUAUGAUUUGGGGAAGGUGAGGAUGAGGGUGGCGUUGAUUGCGGCGGCGAACGACGGGAUGAGCGCGCUGGCGGACGUGAAGCUGCUUCGGGCUCGCCUGCCCAACGUCGUUGAGUACCAGGUCCUGGAGCGCAGCCGCUGCAACCAUCUCGACUACGUGUGGGGCCGGCGCAUGGCCAAGUAUUUACUCCCGCACGUGUUCUCGUUGUUAGAACGGUUUGGUGGAUGAAAGUGCAGUGUUGUGAGUGUUGUGAUAUAAGUGACGCAUGUUCAACGAAUUAGCUUAAGACGUAUCACUCAUUAAGGCUGAGUUGCACCACCUAACUUUGACCGUAACUAUAACGAUAACCGGUGCUUUUUGUAUGGAG